GUGCACUUCCGCUGGUUGAAAUGACUUAUUUCGCAGAUUCGACAGAAAUCUACACAUCCACAAAGACAAAAUUUGAACUAAAUCUUCAAGAUGUGAAUAUAUUACAUAUAUAAUUGUGCAAAAAUAACCACAGAUUUUACCUUGUUUUUGCUGUGUGGACGACGAAAACGAUGGAGAAACAGAAAGGAGACGAUUCGGUGUUCAUGUGCCAGCUGUGCAACUUGUUUUCGCCCAGUCGCGGUCAGCUGCUGACCCACUGCUCGCAGUCACACCCCCAACAGGAGCCUCCGGAUGACAUCAUCAUUACACUACAGCGUCUGGUCACGGAGUCUGUCGAGACACUCAAAGAGACCCCAAAGAAGCGAAAACGAGGCCGACCGAAAGGAUCCACUAAGAAGAAUCGUACUGAUUGGACAGAAGCCCAGGCUGACUCUACCCAUCCUUCAGAGGAUACCGUUCCAAGGGAGGAAGAGAGGCAUGGGGAGAAAGAUGGAACAGCUAGUACAAUGGAAGGUGAAAGCCUCGAUGGGAUAUCGGCAUUAGAAUGUAAGGAAUGUCACCGUUCAUUCAGUAACAGACGCCAAAUUCUCAAACAUAUCUGCCGGAAAGAAGAUGAAGAAGAAGAAGAAGAAGAAAUGAAUGGGAGUGUCGGUGUUGGAGGUGAAGGUUCUCCAAGGUUAGAUUCUGUAGGAGCCGAUCUCAGUCAGUCCCUCCAAAAUCAAACAAGAGCGGAACUUGAGACGGAAAAACACAUGAACAGCUUUAGACCCAUAAAAACCAACAAGAGGAGUUUCAUACUUUCUGAUGACCAAAGUCAUGGCACCAAAGAAACAGGUUUAGCACCAGCAAACAGAAAACCGGUCAUCAGUGUUCUUUUGGCAGAAGAUGAAACACUUCCAGGGAUUUCUAGAAUGGUUCCGGUUGAGGACUGUUCAACAGAAACAGACUCUACAGCGAUCCACACUGAUGAUGUCCAACCGCAAGAUUCAGCAACCAUCCAAGUUCAAUCACAGGAUAUAACAAGUGAAUCCACAGACUGCCGCGACAACCCGGCAACAGACCAGGAGACUGGGUGUAACUCGGUGUCUACAGUAGCCAGAAGAGGUUUCCAGGAAUACGCUAUCAAGCAGGAUGCUACAAGUUUACUGCAGAGCCAGCUGAAGAUAUUCACCUGUGAGUUCUGUUAUAAGAUCUUUAAGUUCAGACACUCGCUGAUCGCCCACCUCAGGACGCACACCCAGGAGAAACCCUUCCACUGCCCACACUGUGACUAUGCUUCAGCUAUCAAAGCAAACCUGAAUGUGCACCUGAGGAAACACACAGGAGAGAAGUUCAGUUGUCAACACUGUCCUUUCACCUGUCUCAGCCCCGGACACCUGAAGGUCCACACAGAGCGAGUCCAUUUGAAGGUUAAGCAGCACUGCAGCUUCUGUCAGAAAAAAUACUCAGAUGUGAAGAACUUGCUGAAACACAUUGAGAAACGACAUGACCUAAAAGACACCACUAUCUACCAGAACUACCAACAACUCAGGUUAAAGACUCGUCAGGGGCUCAGACAGCUUCUCUACCAUUGCUCUAGCUGCAAUCGACGCUUCAAGAACCAGGUGGACCGAGAUCGCCACCUUUUGAUCCAUGGAUCCCAGCUCCCAUUCCGCUGCUUGCUAUGUGACCAUGCUGCAACCAAGAUGGCCAGACUAAUUGCCCACGUCAGGAAGCAUCUCUUCCUUUACGUGUGCUGUCAGUGUGAGGGAAGAUUUGUCAGUUGUCACCGACUGAAGAGUCACCUUAAAGAGUCGCACCCUGAGCUAGACGAGGAGCAAGCCUUUACAGACUGCAUCAACAGCAGCUACUAUCUGAUACAACCAGGAAAAGGCAUGUGGGGAGAGGAGGAGCCGCAAGAUGGACAGAAAGGGGUGGAAGAGCAAAAAGAGAUGGAGGAAGGAACUCACGAGGAAAGGACAGGCGUGGAGGAUACAAGAAAUGGCACUGAAAGUGAUGGGUGGAGAUUUGGGGAAGGUGAAGGUGGGGAGCUGUCUGAAGAGAAGGAGCAAGAGAAUGAGGCAAAAUGUCAAGAUGAAAGUCCACAAGAAGGACAGAUGGAGGGAGAGAUGACAAUAGAGUUAGACAGCGAAUGUAGGCAGGAGGACUUCCAAGAAAAGAUCCUUCAAAUAGUUACCACAGAAUCGACAACACCAACAGGCAGACAAAAGCAAGAGGCAAUCGUUGCUUCUGAUUGGUCAGAAGAAGUAGUUGGUGAGAAGUCCCAGGACACCUCAAGAGACACUUGCUGCACACCUGAAGACAAAAAUAGACUCAGAUAUGACGAGAGCACGCAGACACUUUUAUCAUCACAAAAUAUUCGCAACAACACAACUCAGGAAAACACACGUCCAACCGACGACAGCUUGUGUGCAGAGAACGACGCACUGUUAACUUCAGAAAUCUCAAACUCGCCUUGUUUGAGGCGAGACGCACUGUUAUCAUCAGCACGUCCGGCAGAAGAAAGCCUCUCCAGUUCAGACAAGUUGAUCCGUCAGAGUGCGUUCCAGCAGGUGGUUUCAUCUCUACAGAAAACUCGGCUUAGUAUGAAGACUUUCAAGGAGCUCAGGAAGAUUUAUGGAGACUUGGAAUGCCAGUACUGUGGUAAACUGUUCUGGUACAAGGUCCACUACAAUGCACAUGUCCGCACGCACACCAAGGAGCACUUGCAUUACUGCUUACAGUGCAGCUACUCAUCCAUCACUAAAAGCUCUUUGAAGCGACACAUGGUCCAGAAACACAGUGGCGUGUUGCUGUCAUGUCCCAAUUCCAGCUGUAAAUACACAACGCCUGACAAAUACAAACUUCAAGCUCACCUGAGGACGCACCAGGAACAGGUAAAGAGUAUUACCUGUUCCCUCUGCCAGCAGAGCUAUCCAGAACACAGACUAAAACAGCACAUCAAAACCUCUCACCCUGAUUCAGUUGCGGUGCAGGGUAAAGGACUGAUGAUGAAGCGUGCAGAGAAGUGCCCUUACUGUGACUCCUACUUCCUUAAAAACAGCAGUGACUUUCAGCAACACAUCUGGGCGCACCAAGGUUUGAAGCCGUACCUGUGCACUAUGUGUGACUAUGCGGGCCGCAGUAAGAGUAACCUUAAGACUCACAUGAACCGCCAUAGCACUGAAAGAUGUCACCUCUGUGAUCUGUGUGGCAAAAAGUUUAAAUCUAAAGUUACACUGAAGAGCCACAGACUGAGCCACACAAAUGAAGGAAAACGGUUUCAGUGUUCAGAGUGUGAUUUCACCGCUGUUUCAAAACCUUCCUUACUCAGGCACAUGGAGCAGCAUUCAGAAUUUAAGCCCUUUCGUUGUGCUCAUUGCCACUACUCCUGUAACAUCGCCGGCCCUCUGAAGCGACACUACAACAAAAAACAUCCUGAUCGCAAAUACGAGAAUGCUGGACCCGGCCUCCCCAACCCAGAUGAACUCAAACAGCAUGGUGGUAUGAAGUGUCCUGUUUGUGAAUUUGUUUAUGGCACCAAGUGGGAGCUGAACCGUCACUUAAAGACCAAACAUGGCCUGAAACUGGUGGAUGGCACCUGGCAGGUGGUGGAGGGAGGAGAGGCAAAGUCUGCAGAGGACAAAGACGAGCUGACAGAAGCACCUGUAGGAGCCCUGCAGGAAAGCAGCAACGAUGCAGUUAACAUUCUCCAGCAGAUUACUGAAUUCAGUUCAAAAGCUCAUGAUGCUGUCACCUCCAUGGUUGCCAUGCCACCAGGCACUAUUGCUGUGGUAGAACAGGUUGCUGACGAGCAGGAAGUGAGUACCUACUCUGAUCAGCUGAUGGUUGUGAACGCUGAGGACGCUCUGACUGACGCCGACCACGUGAUGGUCGUGGAGGAAGCUGACGGUCUGGAAGCUCUGACGGUCCUCACUCAGGGAGAUGACACUCACCACUAUAUAGUCUACGUGCAGGAACAGACUGUGGAAAUCAAUUAGUUUGUCAUUCAUUUCACAAUAAGAUGGCUGCAUUUGUCACUGUAUCGGCACAUGAAUUUUUAAAAGAAAAGUCAGAAAAUGUACAACUAAAGAAAAAAAAUUUGUAAUGUGAGAAAAAUAAAAGGCACAUUAUGAUAUAUGUAUUUUUUAAAAAUAUGGCUAUUUAUGGGUGAGUGUUUAAUAAUAAUAAUAUCAUGGCUUUUCUUUUGUAACUGUUAGCAUUUAUUUUUCCAGCAUUCAUUGCAAUACUCUGCCGUAUAUAAGAAAGAAAAUCACAAACUAAACUCUGGCUGUUUAUUAUACAAAUAAAUUCCAUCUGGUCUUU